GCGCCUCUGUCUGCAUUUAAGUCUCCCUUCCUCUCUCCCUCCCUCCAUAGCAAAACUUAAAAAUCGCCAGCUGCAGCUUACCGGGUUUCUUGAUUCGCAUCCCGCCAUGAAAACCCAAUCAAAGCUCAAAAACCCGCCUCGUCCUCUCUUCUCAUGCGGCAUUUUCGGCCAUUGUACUCAAUCCGUCCUCAGCCCUACCACUCCUCAAACCCCCGCCCUCCCACCCCCUCCACCACUACCGGCAUCUGACCCACCACCGCCUGCAUCUGACCCACAACCACCCUCUUCUUCUUCCUCCUCCUCAUCAACCUCCCAAAGCUUCACUCAGUGGCGUUUCCCCUUACCCAAACCCCCUUUCGUCCACAACCCACCUCCGGAAGCCGCACCCGCAUCCGACCCACCGCCGGAAUCCACCUCCGAACCUGACCCACCACCGCUGGUUUCCAACUCCAGCCUGGUGGAGCUCUUCCACGUGGCGGAACUCCAGCUCAGUUCGAGCUCCGACGCCGCACGGCUAUCCGCGCUCCACAUGCUCGAGAAAAUGCUCGUGCCGAAUCCGAUGCCGGAAGGCGGUGGCGGGUGCGCCGCCUGCCCGGCGGCGGUGAUGGCGGGGAUGGUGGGGUACCUGAAGGAGCCGGCGGCGGCGAGGGCGGCAACGAAGGUGCUGCUGGCAUUGUGCCUGGCGGAGGUGAACCGGAGGGUGGCGGUGGAGGCAGGGGCUGUAGCGGAGGUGGUGGAAGCCGUGGCGGGGCUCGAGGGUGCGGCGGCGGAGAGAGCGCUGGCAGUGCUGGAGCUGCUCUGCACGGUGCCGGAGGGGGCCGCGGGACUGCGGGCCCACGCGCUGGCAGUACCGAUGCUGGUUGAGAUGAUGGGGAAGAUGGUGGGCCGUGGGAAGGAGUGCGCCAUCAGCAUUCUGGCGGUGAUCUUUGGCAGUGGGGAGGGAUCGCUUGGCCCACCAACACCAACUGUGGCGCAGGCGGUACUGCUGGCAUUGCAGGGGGAAUGCAGCGCCCGAGGGAGGAGGAAGGGUACUCAGCUCUUGAAGUCGUUGCAAGAGAAUGGACGGUUGGAUUUGACUGAGGAGGGUAGUUGAUGUAGAUUCGACAUAUGGAUUUGACUGAGUUAGUAAAAGGUGACUGGACGGUUGGAUUUUAGGCGUAUGGAAGGGGUGGACACUCGACUGCCUGUGUCAAAAUUCCGAACGGAAUGCUAUUGCAAGCGACCUUCAGCUACAUUGCUACGACGUAGGCAGACAUGAAAGCAGAGAUCGAGCAUGUUCGUCAAGGGGAUCACACGUACGAGAAAUUUGCUUCCGUUAUUUUCGUUUUUCACAUGUGGCCCACUUGAUUAGUGAACCUGCCUGAUUUCUCAGCUAGUUUGCAUCGUUGUGAGGACUGCCGGAUGAACCGCUCGUAUAGCUUGCACGUGGGCAUACAUGUGUGGAAUUCGCUUAGUAUUAGCGCUUACAAAAAGCGUUCUAGGAUUUCAAAAGCGAAGUUGUCAUUUGCACCCACUUGAGUUAUUGAUACACCCAUGCUUUUCACUCUUGGUUAUAAAAUACUUCAAAGUCAUACUACCGGAUAUGGAGAGAAUGGGUGUAUUUAUCACUCACAAAGUCUCCUGUCAGUGUAGUUCAAAUUGUGGGUCAGAUUCCGGUGGAUGGAUGGGAAAAGUCUCCUGUCAGUGUAGUUCAAAUUGUGGGUCAGAUUCCGGUGGAUGGAUGGGAAAAGUCUCCUGUCAGUGUAGUUCAAAUUGUGGAUCAGAUUCGGGUGGAUGGAUGGGAGCUUGUAUUGAAAUGCAUUGAAAUCCAAAGUGUAAAUCACUGAAUCACUUGUGUUUGGCUGCUUAUAUUCAGAAUGCACUUAAAUUCAAAAAUAAAAAUGCAUUGAAAUUUUAUGGUUUA